AUGCCUGACUGGAGACAAGAGUAUCUUGCCGGCAUCAGGGAUGCCGAAAACCAACACGCUGUCGACCAGGAGCUUAUCGCGGCCUACUCCCAAUUACUUGAUCGGGUUUCCGUUCUCGAAGCCGAGAAGGCAGCUUCCCAGCUACAACCCGAGUCCGCAGCACCCUCAGCCCCUCCUCCGGCGCCAAGCAAAGGCUCACCAGCGCCAGCACCCACACCGACAAGCGACACGACCGACGACACCCCUCUCAUGGCCCGCCUUCGCAUUGAGCUUGCCGAAGCGCUCCGCUCAAAGGGCCAGUUCCAGCAACGCCUCCAAACCGCAGAAGAAGAACUUGCGCGUCUUCGCGCCAAGACAGCCUCGGAUGCAAAGGCCGUUCGUGACCUAACGGCGGAACGGCGCACGCUCACCAUCAAACUACGCGACCGCGAGGAAGAACUACGAGCCAAGAACAAGCUGGUGGCAGAAGUUCAAGACGAGCUAGCGGUGCUCAACAUGCAGCUCGACAUAGUAGAGAAGAAGCGGGCCGAGAAGGAGGCCGAGAACAAACAGCUCGUCGAGAGGUUCAUGAAGCGGGUCGGGCAGGAGGCCGAAGCAAUGAACCUGGCAAACGAGCCGCUGUCCAACAGGAAGAGGUAG